AUGGAGGAAGAAUCGGGGGAGGAACUGGGGUUGGACAGGUCUACUCCCAAGGAUUUCCACUUUUACCACAUGGACCUGUAUGACUCUGAAGACAGACUGCAGCUCUUUCCAGAAGAGAACACUAGGAGGAGGAAAGAAGUAGUCCAAGCUGAAAGGGCCAAUGAGUCAACAGGAGCAGGGGAUGGUAAGGCUCAAAGAGACCUUCAAGAGGAAGUGGAGGAACUUGUCCACUUAUAUGGACUUGAAGAUGAUCACGAAUUAGGGGAUGAGUUUGUUGAAAACAUGCCCAGAAUGGGAGUUUCGGAAUAUCCUCCUUAUGGGAUGAAGAGGAGAGACCCAGCCAGGGAGCAGAGAGACUGGAGACUUAGUGGAGAGGCAACGGAGGCCGAGGACCUGGGCUUCGGAGGGUGGGGUUCGGCAGGCCAGUGCCAGGACUUGCGGGAAGUCUAUAGGUACACACAUGGCCGUGCCAGCGAGGAGUAUGAAUGCUAUGUCAUUCCCGAGGAAGAAGAUGAAGAAGAAGCUGCUGAUGUCUUCUGUGUCACUUGUAAAACUCCAAUAAGAGCUUUUCAGAAGGUUUUUGAUGAACAUAAGGAGCAUGAAGUGAUCCCACUCAAUGAAGCACUGGAAAGUGCCAAGGAUGAAAUUCACAAAAACAUGUACAAAUUGGAAAAACAGAUAAUUGAUAUGGAAAACUUUGCAAAUCACUUGGAGGAAGUUUUCAUCACUGUGGAGGAGAAUUUUGGAAAACAAGAACAAAACUUUGAGUCACAUUACAAUGAGAUCUUGGAAACACUUGCUCAAAAAUAUGAAGAAAAAAUACAAGCUCUAGGGGAGAAAAAGAAAGAGAAGGUGGAAGCCUUAUAUGAACAACUGGUCAGCUGUGGAGAAAACCUAGAUACCUGCAAAGAACUGAUGGAAACAAUAGAAGAGAUGUGUCACGAGGAGAAGGUGGAUUUCAUAAAGGAUGCAGUGGCUAUGGCUGACAGACUCGGGAAAUUCCUGAAAACAAAAACAGAUGUGGAAAUCUCCACACAGCCUGAUUUUGAAGACCAGACCUUGGAUUUCUCUGAUGUGGAGCAGCUGAUGGGCUCCAUUAACACCAUUCCAGCUCCUUCUGCUCCAGUCAUAAAUCCACAAACCCCUAACUCAGCCACAGGUUCCUCAGUCCGAGUGUGCUGGAGCUUAUACUCCGAUGACACUGUGGAGAGCUAUCAACUGUCCUACCGGCCAGUGCAGGACAGCUCACCUGGGAAGGACCAAGCAGAGUUUACAAUGACCAUCAAAGAAACAUAUUGCUCAGUGACAGACCUUGUGCCAAAUACUCAGUAUGAAUUUUGGGUCACAGCUCACAACAGGGCUGGCCUGAGCCCCUCCAGCGAGCGUGCAGUGUACGUGACAGCGCCUUCUCCCCCCAUCAUAAAAACCAAAGAGAUAAGGAGCUGUGAAGAGGCUGUGCUGAUCUGCUGGGAGUCUGGGAACCUGAAUCCUGUGGACUCGUACACCGUGGAGCUGACCCAGGCUGAAAGUCCAGAAGCCUCAGGUGUAACUGAGUCUGUUGUGGGCAUCCCAACCUGUGAAUCUCUGGUGCAGCUGCAGCCGGGACAGAGCUACGUUAUCUAUGUGCGAGCCCUCAACACAGGAGGCCCCAGCACGAGGAGCGAGCCUGCUACAGUCCAUACCAUAGGAAGCUACUUUCGCCUAAACAAGGACACCUGCCAUCCCUGGCUGACAAUUUCUCAAGAUGGACUUACAAUCCUACGAAGUGAAAGGAGUACCCCCACCAAGGAGCCACCACCCAGUGACACCCACUUCACCAGGUGUGUUGCUGUCAUGGGAAAUCUAAUUCCAGUCCGAGGGCACCAUUAUUGGGAGGUGGAGGUGGAUGAGCAUUUGGACUACACAGUUGGUGUGGCCUUUGAAGAUGUCCCUAAACAGGAGGAUCUGGGAGCAAACUGCCUCUCCUGGUGCAUGAGGCACACAUUUGCAUCAUCAAGGCAUAAGUAUGAAUUUCUACACAACAGAACAACUCCAGAUAUAAGAAUAACAGUUCCUCCAAAGAAGAUUGGCAUUCUAUUAGACUAUGAAAAUUCAAAGUUGUCGUUUUUCAACGUGGAACUUUCUCAGCAUCUAUACACAUUUAGUUGUCAGCCUCACAAAUUUGUGCAUCCCUGUUUUUCUUUGGAAAAGCCUGGGUGUCUAAAGAUACGUAAUGGCAUUUCGAUGCCAAAACAUGUCACUUUCUAUUAGAACAUUCUGAUGUCCAGUUUCCUAUCUUCCAAGCCUACCCCUCUCACAGCCAUUCAUGCCUUGGCUGGCUGAAGUUGGCAUUCAAGCACCAUGUGCCCAGCGUAAUUUAUGGCUCAUGUUAUUAUCUGACAGAAUGGUGUGCUGGUGCUCAUUUCACCCAACCUAGAUUCUAGCCCUGUGUGCUGCUACCCGAGUGAUACUCAGAUGGUCAUUACCAGGCCCAGCUCUAAAAUAAAGGCUCAAACUAAAUGAACUCAAAAGUCUUUCAAGUUGUCAAACUGUAUCUGUAUAUAUGCAAAAUAUCUUGAGUUUCUGAGACCUAGAGAACUUGGGAGAGGAGGGGGGGAAGUUUAAGUUUAAAUGGCUCUAGCAGCCCCAGUACACUCAUGCAUUUCAUGACUCAGCCAAGUAUAUACUUUAGAAGGUGAAAGGCUGUCUGCAGAGAACCAGGGAAACUGUGUGACCUUUUCAACAUCUUCUACUCCCGUUUUCCCAACAGUGAGCAGCACUGUGGUGAGGUCCCUCCCACUGUGUACUCUUUAUAACACCCUGUUCCACUCCUAUACAGUAUGUACCACUCUCUAAUUUUGAAAUUACCUCUAUAAUACCUAAUUCCAUGAAGACAGGGAAAGUGUCUGUUUUGUUCAUCACUAGAUCCCCAAGGGCUAACACAUAACAGCUGUCACCAAGUAUUUGUUGAAUAAAUGAGUAUCUUCUUUAGCCACUGCUCUUUGGCUUCUCACUGCUGUUCAUCUGAAGGAUGGCAGGGUUCUUUCAAAACUACAGCAAAGGACUUAUGGCCAACAAAUGGGGAGAAACCUAGAAUGGAGGCAGUGUGAAAGAACAGAGGGGCAUCUGUGGCAUAUUAGCAAGUGCACAACAAUUUUUUUUAAAGAAAUCAACAGCCCACCAGAGGGCAAAGCUGAGGAUGGGAAGGAAGUGAUCUCUAGGCAGCUUUCAGGCAUCCUGUCUCACUGCCCAGGCCAUUGUGUGAUCUCAGUGGUGAACUUCAUCAGCUCCAUUCCUGGUUCUCCCGUUCUAAGCUCUGCACACACAGCAUUUUCUUUUUCUUUUUCUUUUUUUUUUUGAGACAGAGUUUCGCUCUUGUUACCCAGGCUGGAGUGCAAUGGCGCGAUCUCGGCUCACUGCAAUCUCCACCUCCUGGGUUCAAGCAAUUCUCCUGCCUCAGCCUCCCGAGUAGCUGAGACUAUAGGCACGUGCCACCAUGCCCAGCUAAUUUUUGUAUUUUUAGUAGAGAUGGGGUUUCACCAUGUUGACCAGGAUGGUCUCAAUCUCGACCUCGUGAUCCACCUGCCUAGGCCUCCCAAAGUGCUGGGAUUAUAGGCGUGAGCCACCGCGCCCGGCCCACACAGCAUUUUCAAAGCUUGUGAGUGAAACUGCAAAAUCAUUCCAUUUGUGAAGCAAAUACAAUUCAGCAUCUUGCCCCACAAAUGCCUCUAAACCCAGAUAUGCCCCAAUCUCAUCAUUAAGGUUGUGUGUUUAAAAAAAAAAGCCUUUUGCUUUAAAACUCUGAUGUUUUCUGGCGAAACCCCGUCUCUACUACAAAUACAAAAAAUUAGCUGGGCAUGGUAGCAGGUACCUGUAAAUCCCAGCUACUCGGAAGGCUGAGGCAGAAGAAUUGUUUGAACCCGGGAGGCAGAGGCUGCAGUGAGCCAAGAUCAUGCCAUUUGCACUCCAGCCUGGGUAACACGGGCGAAACUCUGUCUCAAAAAAAAAGCCUCUGAUGUUUUCCAGCACAUGCGAAGUCUGACAAACUGAAAGACUCUCAACUUCUACUUAACUCUGCCUACUAGCAUAAAUGGCAGCUCAGAUUCCUGAAUUAUCAACUCACAAUGACAAUUUAAUAGCUCGUUUUACACACACACACCUGUCCUGCCAAGCUGGACUGUCUACUCUAAAAUAAGGGACAAUAGAUGUAAGCACAGAAAUGGUUCCAGUUAUAAACAAUUAAAAGAUACAUAUACGUAUAUUCAAAAAUGUUCUCAGCUACUGAAAUAGAAAUCACCAAGUAAGCAACAGAAUAUCACAGAGAAGGCAAGUUUGAAUUCAGGGUUCUAACAGGCUUUAUGGAAUACUUCACAUGUUAAUAUGGACAUGGAUAAAUGGAUUAAAAACUCAACACCUAUAAAUUUUUAAAUUUUUAUUUGACCAGGAAAAAAGCUGUCUAGAAUUGUCUGGCAUUUAAAAUCCACUUAAACAAAGCAGAUUAGCAACCUCAAGUAUCAUAAUUAUUCAGCAAAAAGAACCUUUGUUGAAACAUCUUUCUCAUUUAUUUAGAAGAAAAAAUCUAGAACAGAACCAAACAAAACUUUUGUAUUUUUGUAAAAAAAAAAAAAAUUCCAAUUCCUUAAAAUAUUAUUAACAA